ACUAACACUAAUAGGCGGCCUUUUUUAGUGUUUUCUGGAAAAAGAAGUUAAAUAACAUUUGUUGUUUUUUGGCAAGGAGUUGAAUAAUAUUUUAAUGGCAACGAAAACAGCAGUAACAGUGAAAAUGUUUGGUCGUCAUUUAUCCCAACUCAGGAACCUGGCCGAGGCCCAGAAUCUGAGCCCCCAAUGUAGGCGAGUUGCUGUUAUCCCAAGACUCUAUAGCACAGAAAAGCAACCUGAGGAAACGGCGACGACGGCAGCACCCACAUCCUCUCCUGAAAUCGAGCGGCUGACGAAAGAAUUGGCCGAGGCGAAGGAACAACAUAGCGAACUUCUGGACAAGUACAAGAGAUCCUUGGCCGACAGCGAGAAUAUGCGAACUCGCCUUAACAAACAGAUAGCCGAUGCCAAAAUAUUUGGCAUACAAAGUUUCUGCAAGGAUCUUCUUGAGGUGGCCGAUACCCUGGGACAUGCCACUCAGGCAGUGCCCAAAGAAAAGCUCGCUGAUAAUCCUGAUCUGAAGAACCUCUUUGAAGGACUCUCGAUGACAAAAGCGUCUCUGCUGCAGGUCUUCAAGCGUCAUGGUCUGGAACCCUUGGAUCCCAUAAAUCAGAAAUUUAAUCCCAAUCUCCAUGAGGCUCUAUUCCAAAAAGAGGACAAGACAGUUGAUGCCAACACCGUUGUGGAAGUCACCAAAUUGGGUUACACAUUACAUGAGCGUUGCAUACGUCCAGCCUUGGUUGGAGUGUCCAAAUGAUAAGAUGCUAAGGACUAGCUUAAAGUGUAUGUGAGAAAUAUUGCAUCCAUUUUUGUUGUUGUGUCCAUUGUAUUUUCUCUCUUCCUCAUGCUUGACUUCGUUUACAUAGUUCUAUAAUAAAAUUGUUUGCAAAUUUGUCCUAUGCUGCAAAAAAAAUUAGAAAAGUUAAAAUGAUCAAACCUAUGUAAAUACCAAGUUCGCUUGCGAAUUUAAAAAUUCCUUACUUAAGCUUAAUUACAAAAAUAUAAAAUAAGUAAAACUCUCUGGACUGGAUAUAAUGGCCACAAAGUUUUCUAUUACCGAUUGUGUCCCCAUUAUGUGUUCCAGUUUAGAGAUUGUAUCUUAAGAAUACAUUAAUAAAAACGAAAAAAUGUUUUUAGUUUGUUUUGAAAA